AUGCCCUUCCACCAGAGGACCGUGGAGCCCGCGCGGCUGCGCCAGCCGGAGGCGGCCGGGGCGGCGGGCGCGCCGCUCUUCCGCUCGCUGGAGCAGGUCAGCUCGCACGCCCUGGUCUGCCUGUUGGAGCAGCUCGCCGACCUGUCGCGCUGCGCCGGGGACAUCUUCGGCGAGCUCGAGGGACAGGCGGCCGCCCUGGGCCGCCGCACCGCAGCGCUGCACCGCCGCCUCGACGCCCUGCACGCCGCCACCGCGCGCCUCGACCACCGCCGAGUGAAAAUCCCUGUUUCCAACCUAGAUGAGGAGAGUCGAUGGACAGUCCACUACACUGCUCCAUGGCACCAGCAGGAGAAUGUGUUCCUUCCCACCACAAGACCCCCCUGCGUAGAGGACCUGCACCGCCAAGCCAAGCUCAACCUCAAAUCAGUAUUGAGGGAAUGUGAUAAGCUGCGGCGGGAUGGCUACCGGAGUUCUCAGUACUACUCCCAGGGACCCACCUUUGCAGCCAACUCCAGUCCAUUCUGCGAUGAUUAUCAAGAUGAGGAUGAAGAACCAGAUCCAAAGUGUUCUAUCUCUUCGUCGGAAGAGGAAAGACUUUCUACCAGGAGACCUAAAACGCCAACCUCAAGUGAAUUCUCUGACCUUAGUACUCAAACCAACUGGACCAAACCACUUCCCUUGCCAACACCGGAAGAGAAGAUGCGACAGCAGGCCCAAACAGUCCAGGCUGAUGUAGUUCCUAUUAACAUAACUGCUUCGGGGGGCACUGGCCAAGAUGCUGUUGGUGGCCACUCAGUGGACACCCCAGACCACUACUCUACGCUCGGAAGGCUCGAUAGCUAUCGAUCUGCUGGGCAGCGCUCAGAAACCAGGGAUUCCAGCUGUCAGACUGAGGAAGUGAAAAUCCUACCACCUUCGAUGAGAAGAAUCAGGGCGCAGAAGGGGCAAGGCAUUGCGGCCCAGAUGAGUCACUUCCCAGGCUCCUCUGGGAACAUGUCUGUGCUGAGUGACUCUGUGGGCGUCGUGUUCCCUUCUCGCCUCAACAGUGACGCUGGUUUCCACAGUCUCCCCCGGUCUGGAGCGAGGACAAACGUUCAGUCCCUGGAGCCACGGCUGGGUGCCCUGCGCCCUGCAGAAGACGCAGACGAAACUCUCGCCUACCAGAGGGGUCACCUGCAAGUAGACGAAGACUUCGGACAUCUAGGAGCUGCCCCAGGGACUGGAACACUUUUGAGGCCCAAAUCCCAGGAGCUGGGGCACUUGGAGGGUGAAAACGUAACAAGCCCGGCGUGCGUAGUCUCUCCUCACGCGACCUACUCCACCACCCUCAUCCCAAAUGCCACGCUCUCCUCCUCUUCAGAGGUUAUUGUGAUUCACACUGCUCAGAGCUUAGGGCAGCUGGACAGUGAAAUUACCAGUUCAUCUUCAUACACAAAGAUCAAAUCCAGAGACCACUUCCUCUCCCGGCAGAAAGAUGGUCAUCCUUCUCCCCGUGGUAACUGGACUGAGGGGCACGCCACCAUUUUUUCACAGGUCUCAGACCCUCAUUCGUCCAGUGCAACCACUCUGGUGUCCCUCUGCGAUUCUGCGGUCUCUCUAAAUACGCCCGCAAAUCGGGAGAAUGGGUCCCAGGCCACGGCCUAUAAUUGUAGAAACAACCGGAGCUUCCCGGUCCACCCCCAGGAUCUGAACAGCAAGAGUGAGUCCAGUUAUUCCGGAGGCAGGGGGCACGGCGGCAGCGCGGAGCCCUGGGAAUACAGUGCCUCGGGUAGUGGGCGUGCGUCCCCACGGAAGCCACAUCUGGCAACUCCUGGUUACUCCACUCCUGUAAGUAACACGAGCAGUGGCAGUUUGGACCAGACGUCCAACAACGGUGAUGCCAGGGCCGUGUAUCCAGAGGACCACGAUGGCUACUACACUUCUCGGCACACCAACUCAGGACACGGACCUGGGCAUCUGUACAAUAGCAGCGAUGGCUUUGGGAACCCGAGGCACAGCGUGGUCAAUAUUUUUGAUGGAAGAGCGCGGAAGAACCAAGGGGACCGGUCGAAUUGCCGAGACAAAAACCUUUCUCGAAACAUCUCUCUGAAGAAAGCGAAGAAGCCUCCCCUGCCACCCUCUCGGACAGACUCUCUGCGCAGGAUUCCCAAGAAGAGCGUCCAGUCGAACGGGCAGGUGCUGAACGAGAGCCUGAUCGCCUCGCUCCAGCAUUCGCUGCAGCUGAAACUGCCGGGCAAGGGCGGCAGCUCUCCCUCCCAGAGCCCGUGCAGUGACUUCGAAGAGCCCUGGCUGCCCCGCUCCCGCAGCCAGAGCACCGUGAGCGCGGGCAGCAGCCUGACCUCCGCCACCACCCCCAACGUCUACGCCCUGUCCGGGGUCACACCGGCACAGAGCGACACGAGCAGCGUCAAGUCCGAGUACACAGACCCGUGGGGUUACUACAUUGACUACACGGGCGUGCAGGAGGACCCGGGGAACCCAGGCGGGGCGGGUCCAGCCGGCAGCGCAGCGUCGCCCGGAAACGGGCCAGGCCGCCAUCUCCCGGAGGGGUCCAGGGCCGCGGUAGCCCCGGUGGCCGAUGGCGCAGUCAAACCAAAGAUCACAUCGCCGGAGAAGUCACACAGGGUCACUUCUCCAUCCAGUGGGUAUUCCAGCCAGUCGAACACACCCACGACUCUCACCCCUGUGCCUGUGUUUUUAAAGUCAGUGUCACCAGCCAAUGGGAAGGGGAAGCCCAAGCCCAAGGUGCCAGAAAGGAAGUCCUCUCUGGUAUCUUCGGUAUCCAUCUCCUCCUCGUCCACGUCGCUUUCCUCCAACACUUCUACGGAAGGCAGCGGAACUAUGAAGAGGCUGGAUUCGGUGCUGGCGACUCCCCUUGCUGCUCCUCCUCUCCCCUCUCUCCCAUCUCCUUGUCCCAGUGACAAGUCUCCUUUCCUCCCUCCUCCCCCUCCACUGGCAGAUUUCCCCGAGGGCUCGCCUCUGCCCGGCUCUCCCCUCUUCCCCUCGCCACCACCGGAAGUUCUCACUCCCUUCUGUCCCCCCACCAACGUCUUCUUUCCUCCGACACCUACAGCACUUAGCCCCUCUCUUCUGGGCUCGUCUGCUUCCCUGCCACCUCUACCACCUGCCUUACCCCCCUCGCUACCCCCGCCUGCCCCCCCGCUUGACCCCAAAUUGAUGAAAGAUGCCAGGCCUUCUUUCAGAAAAGCUGGCCAGCCAGAGCCCUCCCGGGAGGCCUGCAGGCAGCCUUCCACCAAGGAGGAGGGCGGUAGACCCCCCAUGCCCCUGAUCACCACGGAGGCGUUGCAGAUGGUGCAGUUGCGGCCGGUGAGGAAGAACUCAGGAACCGAGGUAGCACUGUUACGUGAACAUGCAUCUCAGGAAAAACGAACUCCGGUUGUUCCCCAGUAUCAUUUAAAGCCAUCUGCUCUCCUGAAAUCCCGAAAUAGCAUAAAUGAAAUGGAGAGUGAAAGCCAGCCUGCCUCCGCGACAAGCUCGCUCCCGACUCCUGCCAAGAGCUCGACUCAGGGUCGCCAGGACAGUGUAGCCGAGCGUGGCCUCCCGAGCCGCAGCCCGGGCCGCGCCGGGGAGGCAGAGGCCGGGCCCGGGACCGCCCCGCCCCAUGAGCCACCCGGCCCGUUGCCCAGCAGGAAGCCCCCCCCUGUUUCCAAGAAGCCCAAACUGUUUCUGGUGGUGCCACCUCCGCACAGAGAUUUCACGGCGGAGCCCGCAGAGAACGUGAGCAAAGCGUCGCCCAGCCCCACGAGAGGAGAGGCACGAGAGAGGUGUGCAGCCGGGGCUGGUUCCGAUGAGACCGACUCUGGCAUCUCGGUUCUUGCGGGAGGAGCUGCAAGAUCUGAGUCCCCGGGCAGAGUGGAAGCCAAUGUCCCCAUGGUGCAGCCCGAUGCCUCGCCAGCCCCCUCGCGGGAGGAGCCGGGCGCCGAGAGCAGUGCGGACGCCCGGGACAACGUGGAGAGCUGUUUGUCUCUGCAGGACCCAGGGCCUGGGGCACCGGAGGCUGACACAGCUGGUUCUUCCUCAGAGGCCUGUGACUUCUGUAAGGAAGAUGGGAGUGAUGAGGUGAUGACCCCCAGUAGACCCCGGACCACGGAAGACCUUUUUGCAGCUAUUCACAGGUCUAAGAGGAAAGUCCUUGGCCGUAAAGAUUCCGAUGAUGAUCACUCCCGAAACCAUUCUCCCUCCCCGCCAGUGACACCCACUGGUGCUGCCCCCAGCCUGGCCUCCCAGAAGCAAGUGGGAUCGAUUCAGAGAAGCAUCCGGAAGAGCAGCACCAGCAGUGACAACUUCAAAGCUCUGCUGCUGAAAAAAGGGAGUCGGUCAGACACCAGUGCCCGCAUGUCCGCAGCCGAGAUGCUCAAGAACACAGACCCCAGAUUCCAGAGGUCAAGGUCGGAGCCUUCGCCAGACACCCCCGAGAGCCCAUCAAGCUGCUCCCCGAGCAAGAACAGAAAGGCCCAGGACGAGUGGGCCAAGAACGAAGGCUCGAUGCCUCGGAGUCUGUCCUUUUCUGGCCCCAGGUACGGCCGCAGCCGAACUCCGCCUUCCGCCGCCAGCAGCCGAUACAGCGUGCGGAACCGGAUCCAGAGCAGCCCCAUGACCGUCAUCUCAGAGGGCGAAGGGGAGGCCACGGAGUCCGUGGACAGCAGGACUCUCCGGGCCCUGGGCGCUGCGAGGGGACGUUCGCUGGAAGCACUGGCAGGGGAUGGCGGGGGUGAGGGCAGCCUGCUCCGUGCAGGGGAGCCCGCUGCCUCGCGGGGGGCGCAGGCUCCCGGCCCCACGGUGGGGCGGCCCAGCGCAGAGGGCACGGAUCCAUCAGAACAGCGCGGAGGUCCCCAGAGGGAAGAGAGUUAAGGGCGCGAACCUCCCAGGUGAUGUGGGGAGAUGUGCAGCACGUCGCUCUGGGAAGCCUGACCGGUACCCUUCCCGGCCUUGUCCCUGGAUCCCGCUCAGCAUCUGUGCUGUGGGCCCCGCACGGCCGGCCCCACGGCGGAAAGGGAGGGCUAUUUAGGACUCACUUGGCACUUGCCCUGUGGCUUAAAAGCAAGUAGGAGCUUAACUUCUAAAAGUGCUUCCUGGGGAAGAUUUUUUUUUUUUUUUUUUUUUUCUCUCUAAAUGCUGGGUGUGUGUGCAGGGAUGUGUAUGUGUGUGCAUUUGGAACACUUUUUAUGUUAAAAAAAAAAUACAAGCAGCAUGUACAGAAAUAGGAGAGACAGCGUUAAGCUAGGUAGAGUAAUGGAGCCUUCUGAGCAAGGUGGUAACUGCUUUAAAAGUAUUACGUUUACGGAAAUUAGUGAGUUCCAGAAGAAGGGAGAGGACCAUUACUUCUGAGAAAGAGGGGGUAGAUUUGCUGGUUCUGAGCGCACAGAAUGGCUGGAGAUGUGCACAGGUGUGCUUUCAAGGGGAGCCGUGUAGUGGUUACCCCAAAAAGUUGGUAAGGGGCUAAGUGACUCAUCGGUUCAGGUACUUUUUUCUGGGGAAAAAAGGCUUUGUUUCUUUUUUGUAAAAAUGACAGACACGUGGACGUGGCAACGCCGUAACUCGGAGUCUGCUGCUGUGUAGCCGCGGACACACAACUUCGAGCCUGGUUUGUAGAAAUGUAGGUAAUUUCUUAAUGACUUUCCUCCUUGAGCAGCAGCUGAGACCUCCUUGGAGAGCUGAAAUGACAGUGGCACAUACAGAGAGGGUAACAGAGAUGAGAGGAGGGGAGAGGAGUAAGUGAUACACUGCUGGAAUUUGUUUCCUGCUUAUUAAAUAAAAUUAUUUUUCAGAAUUAAAUUUUAAAACUUGCACUACAGAACUGUGGGUGGAGCCUUUCCUUGUACAACUUUUUUUUUUUUUUUUUGAAACCAGAGUUUAAACUUCCAUUUGGCAAUUUCUUAUCACU